CGUCUUGGUAUGGCCUGUCCGGCGUAAGGCGUUCCACCCCCCCUCGCUUUCCUUUCAGGUUGGUUCAGCCCCCGUCUACUCCGGGGUGGUGCUUAGCCGGCGACUAGCCGACCCUCGACUUCGGAGAGGCAGUGCUGUUCCUCUGGGAGCUUCCUCCUCACCUUCGGUUUCUGCAGCCUCCCCAGGAACUGCAGAUCCUGGUGUAUGCCCCACCUCUGACCCCGCUAGAGACAUGUCGACCCCGGCUCGGCGGCGCCUCAUGAGGGACUUCAAGAGGUUGCAGGAGGAUCCCCCCGCUGGAGUGAGUGGAGCACCGUCUGAGAACAAUAUAAUGGUUUGGAACGCGGUCAUUUUUGGGCCCGAAGGGACCCCAUUUGAGGAUGGAACAUUUAAACUUACUAUUGAAUUCACUGAGGAAUAUCCAAACAAACCACCUACUGUUAGAUUUGUCUCAAAGAUGUUCCAUCCUAAUGUUUAUGCUGAUGGUAGUAUAUGUCUGGAUAUACUUCAGAAUCGUUGGAGUCCAACCUAUGAUGUAUCUUCCAUUUUAACAUCCAUACAGUCUCUAUUGGAUGAACCUAAUCCCAAUAGUCCAGCAAACAGCCAGGCUGCACAGCUGUACCAAGAGAACAAGCGAGAGUAUGAAAAACGUGUUUCUGCAAUAGUAGAACAAAGCUGGCGUGACUGUUGACAGGGUGGAGCAAGAGAAGAGGCUGGCCAUAAGAAAAAAUAUAUAUAUUGAUGUGUCUAUCACCUUCUUAUUCCUAAUGUCAUUACAUUUACUUUAUUAAAAGCAAAAUAGCUUUGUGCUGU